AGAAACAAAAGUGCUUGUGUUUAAUUAAAGACAAGAAAAAAAAACAAAAUGUCGUCAAUGCAUUCAGAUGACGACCAGGAGGAGAUCAACGUGGACUCUGACAGCAGACUGUCAGGGGCAUGUGACAGGAGUGUGGCUUCCGAAGACCGAGACUCAGAGCAUAGUUUUCAUACAUACCACAACUCUCCCAACGAGCAUAUGACAGAUACUCAACAAAGAGUCAACUUACCAUUCAGUAUAUCAAGACUUCUUGGUAAGCAAUUCGAAGACAUAGACAAGAGAAAUUCAGGAGAGAGUGAUAGAAGUGACCAGGACACUGAAUCAGAGAGUGCGAAAGAUGAAGCCAGAGACAAUUCGGGGUUACCUUUAAAUUUCUCUCAUAACUCGGCCCUGUAUCCUAACUCUGGGCUCUUGCUGAGGCCAGGGCUGGGCUUGGGUGGUGGGUAUGGGUUUUCGGGAAGCCCAGGGGUGGUGCGCGUGCCGGCACACAGGGCGCUAGGGGCUUUGGGCGCAUGGGGCGUGGCGCUGGACCCUAUGAGGCAAGCGGCAGCCGCGGCCUUCGCGCAUCAGGUCGUCAAAGAUCGACUUAAUGCAUCGUUUCCCAUCACGAGGCGGAUUGGUCAUCCAUACCAGAACAGAACACCCCCUAAGCGAAAGAAACCGAGAACGUCCUUCACGCGGCUACAGAUUGCUGAAUUGGAGAAAAGGUUCCACAAACAGAAGUAUCUUGCGUCAGCUGAACGUGCAUCUUUAGCGAAGACAUUGAAGAUGACAGACGCACAGGUUAAGACCUGGUUCCAGAACAGAAGGACGAAAUGGAGACGUCAAACUGCCGAGGAGCGGGAAGCUGAACGGCAAGCGGCUAACCGCUUGAUGCUCUCCCUACAGGCUGAAGCGCUAAGCAAGGGCUACAUGCCGGAGCCACCGCCAGGCGCCGCACCGCUGUCAGCGCUUCAUUAUCAGAACGCAGCAAGUACAGCAUCAGCGCCGCCAGCGAACACAGCUUUAAGCGCUUUGCAGAAUCUGCAGCCGUGGGCGGGGAAUCAAGCGUUUCUGAACGCACCCACGACCAGCGCGCCACCACAUCCGCCGCCCGUCGCCUCGCCUAUAUGUUGAAGUUCCAAAUUUGAAAUUGACAUUUGAUUUUUUUUAUUUCUUUUUAUAAUACAAGUCAAGGAGUAUUGUAACAGUUGUCA